CGCUCCGCUCCGCGCCCGCCGUCGGUGCCGGUGCAGGCGGCGGUGGCGGUGCCGGUGCCGCCGGCUCCCGCCGCCCCCCCGAUCGCCCCACCCCGGCCCCGCGUCCCCAUGGCCGGGCAGGAGUGGGACUGGUUCCAGCGCGAGGAGCUCAUCGGGCACAUCAGCGACAUCCGAGUGCAGAACCUCCAAGUGGAACGGGAAAAUGUACAGAAGAGGACCUUUACCAGAUGGAUAAACCUGCAUUUGGGAAAGUGCAAGCCUCCUCUGAAAGUGAAAGACUUGUUUAUUGACAUACAAGAUGGCAAAAUCUUGAUGGCACUACUGGAAGUCCUGUCAGGACAAAAGCUGAUGCAUGAGUACAAAUCUUCAACCCAUCGCAUUUUUCGUUUGAACAACAUAGCCAAAGCACUGAAGUUCUUGGAGGACAGUAAUGUAAAGCUUGUUAGCAUUGAUGCAGCAGAAAUAGCAGAUGGAAAUUCCUCUCUGGUACUUGGACUAAUAUGGAAUAUAAUCUUGUUUUUUCAGAUUAAGGAACUGACAGGUAAUCUCAACAGGAACUCCUCCUCCUCCAGCCUGUCUUCUGGGCCCAGUGGUCCCGAGUCAGACACAUCCCACCCCAGCACUCCCAGUGUGGAGAGAAACAUGCCUGUUACAGUGAAGGAUCAGCGGAAAGCCAUCAGAGCCCUUUUAAUCUGGGUUCAGAGGAAAACCAGAAAGUACGGUGUUGCAGUUCAGGACUUUACCAGCAGUUGGAGGAGUGGCCUUGCUUUCUUAGCUAUCAUAAAAGCAAUAGACUCUACUUUGGUAGAUAUAAAACAAGCACUGGGAAAGUCAGCUCGAGAAAACCUGGAGGAUGCUUUCAGCAUAGCACAAAAUAAGCUGGGUGUUCCUCGGCUCCUAGAACCUGAAGAUAUCAUGGUGGAAUCACCCGAUGAACAGUCAAUUGUGACAUACGUGGCACAAUUUCUGGAACACUUCCCAGAGCUGGAAGGGGAAGAUUUUACAGAUCCUGAGAAGGAGCUUCCAAUAGAAUCCACGUAUGUUCACAUCAAAGACUCACCCUCAGAAAAGGAAGGCAAAAUCUUGAUUUUAAGUGAAAGUCAAGAAAAUAUGUAUAUGGUUAAUCAUGAAAGAAGUCAUCCUGCACCUCCAAAGGUUCAUAUCCAUGACACGCCUGAGAGAAUCCUAUCAGAAACUGCUCCUGAAAAGUGUAAUGGGAAAUUCAGUCAAGUGUUAGGUGAUUUACAGGAAACAUCUGAAGAGGAGCUUCAGAGGCCCACCUCACUGAAAAUUACAGGCUCUGUCAGUUUUGAAUCCAAUUCCUCUUGGGAGGUUCUAAGCGAUAAAUUCAUACCAGCUGAAGGGGGCAUAACUGACCCACUGAAACAGAGCAAUGAGUCUUCUCCAGCUAUUCCAACACAUCAGAAAAAUUAUAUUGACUCUUUUGAAGACUACUCUGAAGAAUUAACUAAAGAAACCUCCACUGAAUAUGACAAUGAAACUAAGAGCCUUUCAGCCAAUACUUCUUCUUUGAGUCCAUUAUCCUGGACUUCAGGUAUACUUACAGAUGAAUCUAUAAAUAAAGUAGAAGAGAGCAAACCACAUGCUUCAAGUAUUUUACCGGAAGGUACCUCAAAACAAGAAGAUACACAUAAGUAUGUUCUUCAACUUCUAAAUGAGGAAAUACUGAAGAUUCCACAAAAUGAACAUACAAAGCAAUCACCUGUCUUUGAGACAAUAGAAAAUAACCAUUGUUCACUGAAUGGCUCUAAUCUCAAAAGUGAAGAACUGUCUACAAUGCAUGAAAUAUCUGAUGACUCUCUUUCAGAUAUAUCUAAAAAUCCAGAGGAUGUGGACAGCUGUGAUGAAGUUGACUCUUCAGCUGAAGUGCUACCCAGUUCUUCAAAAGUAUCUGUAAUACCCCAUAAUCUCUUUUAUUAUCCACAUUACAAUGUUCCCAUAUCAGCAGUUUUGGAUGCUUACCUUGAGCCUUAUAUUGAAGGGUAUGAUACUGGAAACGACAAAGCUUCUUCUCAAACAGUAAUGGAAAAUUUACAUGAGAAGGACUUACCAAAACAGAACUACCAGGAAGAUGCUUCAGAGCCAGACUUAGGGAAUAAGCCUGGUGUCCCCUCAUCAGAAAUGAAUACUGAGAAUGGCAAGGAGGAAAAAAUGGAUACUAACAGCCACAUUAAUUCUUCUGAUGAAGAAAUGCCAUUACUGGUAGAAGAAGAGUUAGAAAUCAAAAGAGAUAGCAAAAAGGCCACCAACCAUCAAGAUUCCACUAUUCCACAACAUCCUGAGCAGGCCAUACUAGACCAUCAAGAGCAUUUAUCAACAGCUGUAGAGAGACCAGAAAAAAGUAGUAACAUGGAGGAAAAAGGGAAAAAUAUGAUCAAAGCAGAAGACUUACAGAUCUCAGAAGCUGGCAUUACUACUCUAUCACAAGAUAAACUGGAAGAAAUUGCUGAUUGUCAGGAACUUGCCAGAACCAGUGACAGUGAUUCCAACACAUACCUCCGAAAAAGAUCUCCUAAUACUUCUGAGGAGGAAACUUAUGUGGAAAAUGAGCAGAAGAUGACAGAUAUGGGUGAAAAUCCAUUAAUCAUCAGGAAGAAAAAAGACUUGGAGGCCAUUGAGACUCCAGCACCAACUCAUGAGAUUGUGAUUGUUGAGCAGCCAGAGCUAUUCUACUUCAUCCUUUUCUUCUGGGUGCUGGUCUACUGCUUCUUACUCAUUCCACAGUUUCGUAGCAACAAAGCUUGAUCACUCUGAGGUGUGGAAAAAUAAAAGGACAGUGGCUGGAUUGCUUUGUGUUUCUGCAAAUGAAUAUGUUCCUUCAGGUGAAGCACAAACAGAAAUAUAGGACCUGGUAUUUGCAUUUAUUAUCAGGUUAUCCUUAGUUCCUCUACUGUUGUGCUAUGACAGUGUCUAAGCACAUUUUAUAUUAUGGUAAUUGUGUAAAUAUAUAUAAAAAUGACCUGAUUUAGUAGACACAAUUUUGUACAUUUGUGCCUUGCUUUAUAAGAUGCUAAAUAAAACCAGAUAAUUAUCAGUAGAAAUAGGAACAGUUCAGAGCUCUAGUCUUCAAAAAUUAUUCUUCUGGCUUCAUUUUCUUAAGUAGGGCCUGACAGCUGUGAAAGAGAGGUGGUGUUGACUUGCCUAUGAACCUGGCCCCCUUGCAAGGGCAAGGCUAGAAAUGCUUUUUCAUGUUCUCCAUGGAACUUUUUAAGAGAGCUGGAGGCAGAGCAGAGCUACAGGUGGUGGAAUAUGCUUACCCCAGGAAUUUCUUACCAUUCUAAUGGCAAUACAGUGGAGCAACAAAAUCAGUUUGAGGAUUUAUUUGGGCAGGGGAGUUUGUUUUUUUAGGAUUUAAAUUCAUGUUUAUCCUGCACCUUUUGUUAUGUUGAAUUUGUAGAAAUAAAUUUGGUGUGGAGAAGUGUGAAGAACACGUUAGCUGCUUCUUAGGAGGGAUUAUAUGGGAAAUCUUAGCCCAGAACUUCUGUAGUGAAUACCUGAAGAAAUACACUUUGUAUGUUACUGAUGGUGGCUGUUUUUGAAAAGAUCUUCAAGAAAUGUAAUAAUUUUGCCAAGAAGAUAGCGUGGUUUGGGGAUUUUUAAAUUUAUUUAAAAAAAAAAAAGAAAAAGUACCUCACUGCUUCUGAGGCUGCUUCUGCUGCUUUUACUUACCUGAUCAUGUGAAGAGUUUUCUUUUUUGAAGAUACAAAAAAUAAUAGGUAACCUAAUGCUGAAGUUACUGUUAAGGCACAAGUGCAUGGUAAAAAGAUUAGAAAUAUUCUUUAAGGGCCCAAAUCAAUAAAGAAAUUACAGGUAGAAAAUUAAAUGCAGAGAAAUGUUGACAGCUGGUAUUGACUUUCUAGUGCAAUUGAAGAAAUUUCUGUGGCUUGUCCAUAGACACAGUUGAGUCACUUCUGCAUCUUCUAAUUUUUGUCCACAUCAGUUAUCACUUUAGGAUAUCUGAUUUAGGAUUUUUGCCAGAGGAGUUGUACCCAUGUCUUACAGAAGGAGAAUUCAAUUUAACAGCAGUAACUUUUUCUCUGUGUGACUUUUAGGAAAGCCACUAUUUUUCAUCAGCACAUUUUUAGUUUCCUAGUGUGCUUUAUGCGACUAUGUCACGUUGCUGCUUCCACUAGAAAAUUCAUAAGGUUGACUGCAAUGUGCUUCAUAAAAUGAGGAGCUUCAUAAUUUAUGUUGAGUGAAAGUUACAACAUGCGGCUGCAAGUUUUACUUAUUUUGUUUUAGCAUAUAGUAUAUCUCUGCCCUGGCUUAGUUUUCAGUUGAACUAAUAGUGCCUGGUAUCAGGACAUCUCAGGAUAUACAGCAAUUUAUUUGUAGGUAUUUAAAAGCUUUUUUUUUGUCAUGUGAUCUGCUGGGGUAAUCCUAACCAUCCAUCACACUUCAUUCUUCUUUACAAGUUUUCUGUUCCCCUGAGAUUUUUCUUCUAAGCUGCUGUUAGAAUUCAAUAGCAGCAGUGCAUGGCAGGAGAUCUUAAACACUGAAGGUAAAAACCUGACUCUCUUUCAGUCAACAGAAAGUUGAAAUCUUUCCUCUUUUGUCCUUUCAUACUUGAUUGAAGCUGGAUUCACCCCAGGAACCUAAAUGUAAGAUCCUUUGUGCUUGGUGAGGAACAGAUACAGAUUUCCUAACUUAAUUCUGUGUAAAUCACUGUAAGGAAAAUAGUCCAUCAUCUUGCUGAUGAAAACGUUCAGCAUUUUGAAUCAUCUGAUUUUGUUAUGCAUGAACCUGUUUGUACUUGUUGAUGAAGAAACUGAUACCUUCUUCCAAAAGAAAACCUAUGCUGGAAUUUUUUAAGAUGCUUUCUUGAAGUAGGCUAAAAUAUAACAUUGAAGGGCUGGUGCUUUUUACUGAAAGAAUAAAACUUAAUCUGAGAAAUUUUAUAUCCUUAUCUUGAAAACCAGUGAAUGGGGUAUGGCAGCUAUUUAACAGCAGCAAGUAGCAAUGUACAUUAGUUUGGAGUAGAAGUGUUGAAAGCUCUUCACUAUAUCCCACUCUUCCUAGGCUCCUAGGUUUAUGACAACAUUUUGUGAGCUUUUGUAUCUUACUCUCUGGUCCUUCCAUAUAUCUUAGUCUUGAGCAAAGAUUAUCUGGAGUUGGAUUACAGUCUCUUCAUAGCACUUUACAGCUGUCAAAGUUUAUUCCAAUAAAAUAAGCUCCCUUUUUGUCUUCUUUUCUUCCUCACAAAAAAAAAUUAAUCAGAAUGAGGAGGUCUUUGCAUGUCUCAUCUAAGCAACUGAUAUCUGUAAACAAUAUGGGAUGGAAACUGAUGCUGGCAACUUCAUUAUAAGGUAUUUUCUUGCAUGAGGGAGAAAACCCAGAGUUUUCUUUCUUGCUUUCCACUAAUGAACAGUUACUGAAACAGUGAAAUGAGCAGUUUAAAUGUCAAACGGCAUCCAGCAAUUGUCUUGAUCAUCUCAGUGUUUAAGCUGAUAUACAGUUUCCAGCCUAUCCCAUUAAGAGAUGGAGAUUGUUUCUUCCAUGCAAAACAGAUGAAAAAAACCCUAAAUUAGUCCAUGAUACCUGGCAUUAAGUUGCUUUCCAUAUUUAGGUGUGGUUUUGAUGUAAGAGAAGCAGUCUACCUUAGCCAUUCCAUGGGUAAGAACAUCCAGGGUAAAGCGUUAAGAGAGAUGAUACUGGCAUGGUCAAUGGUGCAUGGAAAGAGAUGGAACUCUUCAAGAGUUUUGCCAUUAUAUGAAACUGCAGAAAAGGACACCUGCAUAGGCAGCAGCUGCCCCCACUUGACUUGCAAACCUCUUAUCUCUUCAGUCACAGUGCAAGAUCCAGUCCCUCAAUGCAAGUACCCUAUUCUGAAAACAAUGCUUAUUGUUGGACUUUGUGUCCUAUUCUGAGCUUACAGGCUAAAAGUCUGAUUGUGAGGCAUUCAGUAGGGCAAAAUCUGUUCUAACUUGCUGGCUGGAGGACUGGCUUGAGGCAGUGUAGGGUUUAAAGGCCAGUGGGCAAUCUGUCAUCAUAAUUUUCCAACAGAUAAGUCCAUUGUUUGAAUACAGGAAUUUUUUCCUGAAUCUUUUACUAAGUUUUUGAAAAAUGCUAAGCUUGAACUGGCCUUAUUUAGCAAUUUGAUUUAGCAGCAGAAUUGAGAUACACAAGGGAACCAAUCUGUUAAGACCAUUUCUAAAACUGAUUGUCCUUGGGAGAAUGUGUGGAUAGCACAGUAUUGUGAAGUGUACGUGUCAGGAAGAGCUCGAGAAUCACUGGAUGAAGGAUGUUUGGUGUUCACAGAAGCAGCAUUAAAGACUGAGAGACAGCUAUGAUAGGAUGGUUCAAUGUUACUGUAGUCAUGUAACAACUGCAAAGUGUUUUGUUGUGAUUUUAUAGAAAGUGCAAGGAAAGAGAUGCUAUUAAAGAAAGAACCCCACUAAACAUUUAUGGGGCAGAUGGUUUAGAAUUGAAGAAAUGAGUUAAACAGUCUACAAACUGCAUUAUAUAUAGCCUGUGCCAAAUUGUAAGAAAUUACCAGUGCAAAGAUAGGGCAAGCACAAGGGUACAGUAAAAAAAAUGACAAUCACUUUUCAAUGCCAUGAAUGUUUUUGAUGGAUUGAGCUCUAAAAUGUAUUUUUAUUGAGUUUUUAGAUUGUAUUGAAUGUGUCUACAGAAUUUUAUGCAAAGCUUGAGAGUUCAGCUGUUUUAAAAUGAUUUUUUUAUAUAGCAGUGAUUAUUUUAUCUAUAUAUUUAAUAGAAAUGUAAAACCAUUUUAAGAGUACCUGUAAAAUUCUAUGUAUGUGAUAUGAUUAUUUAUUAAUUAUUAAUAAUGAGAAUGAACAUGAAGCUAUGCAUCAGUCGUCAUCCAUCUGAAAACUGGAAGCUGCAAACAGGAGAAGAGUUCUUAAUGCAAAAGACUUGAAAAACAUGGGAAAUGAUUGAAUACAAUUGUGUGAUACUUAAAGCUGCAUAGCAAGAUGUCAUUUUGUGAUGUUAAACUUUCAGCUAAAGUUGCAAAAUAUACUGAGUGAUUAAGCUACUUUCUUCCAUUAAAACUUCCUGAGGCUGAAA